AAGAAGAAUAUUUUUCUUCUCUAUAUACCUACACACUCGUCUUACCUAUUACAGCCCCUUAACGUCGCCUACUUCUCGCCGUUAAAGCGUAAGUACGGCGACACUAUUUUAGGCUUAGUACGCAACCGCACUAACUAUAUCAGCAAGAAGACCUUCCUGCCAGCCUUUAAGGCUGCUUUUGAGUAG